CAUUGUCAUUGUCACCUUGUCACAAAUUGGUCAUCAAAAUUAGAACAUCGAUUUUAUUUAUGUUAAUAAUUUAGGAAACAAUCAAAAUUUGCUGUAUAAAUAACGAAAUGUCAGAAUGUAAGCAAUUAAUCACAGAAUGGCUCAACGAGUACGCGUCUUUACAAGAUAAUGAAAUAAAAAGUUUCGCAGCAGAACAUGAACACAACCAUGAGAUUGCCACUGCAAUAUUUAACUUGUUAUAUAGUGACGACAAGGAUGAAUUCUAUGACCAGAUUUUAGAAAAUGUUUGUGUUCAACUGUUCAGUUUCUACAGAUCUAAAGAAAUAGAGUUACAAAGAUUCACUUUGCAGUUUGUACCAACUUUAAUGUUUAAUUACUUAAGUGCAAUAGCACAAGGCAGUAGCAAAAACAGUAGAUGUAUAGAAACUCUUUUAAUUGGCUUAUAUAAUUUUGAAGUUGUUGACGAAAGUGGUAAACCGAAAGUUGUUUCUUUUAGACUACCCUCAUUAGCUCAGGCAUCCAUUUAUCAUGAGCCCUUAUCUUUGGGAUCUCAAUUCCUAACAGAGAGUGCACUACGCCGAUGGGAGGAAUGUAACACCAAGCUUGUAAGCUGGGGUCCACUGUCCCAAGUGGAGACAAUCAACGCACAAAAUAGAUUGAAAGUCAUGGCAGCCCUACUUUUUAUUUAUAAUAGACAACUAAGCUUAUUACCUAAAUUGGCCCUUAGACAUUUUUGUAUUGCCGCAUCAAGAAUUGUCACACAAGGAUUUAAUAAGAAACCUGGGGCUCCAAAACCUAUUCCUCGGAUACCAGUAUCAUCUAAUUUCCUGUUAGAAAUGAUGGAAGGAUCAUAUUUUGCUAUGUUUAAUGAAUUUUAUACAUUAGCACUUCAAGCGGUGAAAGAUAUUGAUCAGAGAGCGCAAUACGAACUGUUUGCUGAUGUAAUGCUAGUCACAAGUGCGGUCAUGAACUCGUUGAAGAACAGUCCUUCAGGUCAACCAUGUGAUGGUCCGAUGGGUAUAAGUGUAGCUCUCUCCCCCGCUACGACUACGGUCACGAUGUCAAAAUCAAUGAUAACCAACGCUUCAUUCCGGACAAAAAAAUUGCCAGACGAUAUUCCGAUCCAGCCGGGGCAAGCUGUGUCCGCGGAGUCAGCGGACAUGUUGUCAUCUAUCAGCGAGGAGGCGGAGGCGGACGCAGCGCCCAUGCAGCGCGGCGGAGUCAUACGAAAUUCAAAACCAAAACUCGGUUCCUUUCCUGUGCUGGGCAAAAAGACGAAAGACGCCAAAGAGAAAACGGUCGCGACGAACGAAAAGAAGAGUUCUAGUAAAGAUUCUUCUAAGGGUAUUUGGAAUGCGUUGGGCAGCGGCGCUGGCGACAUGGUGGAUUCUCAAAAAGGUUUAGAUAAUUCUUUCGACGCUAACAGCAGUCUUAAGGAUGAAAUCUCUAUGACGUCCGUCCUUACCGGUGCAGACAACUCGGACACGCGGUCACAAGGAACUACCGACUCUUUAGAUAUGGAGGCGCCCUCGUCUCGUUUCGCCGCCAUGCAAGUCAGCUCUGUCUAACCCGUAGUUUGUACAUUUCAGUAUUAUGCUUAUGUACCCUUAUAGUUACCGAAUGCUUGGUGUGUGUUUAUUCAUGCUUUAGACGUAAAAAAAAUUAUAUGUGAAAAUUAUGUUGUUGGUAUAUUUACUUAAUAAAGGUUUUAGUAGUUAAAUUUACAUCUGAUUGUACGUUGUUGUGGUACUUAAGAAUAAUUCAAUUGUAGUAAUGUUUGUAAAUUAUACAAAAUGUCAUUGUGUCCUGCCAACUUUAUGUAUCAUUCCAAUUUUUUUGUUUAAUGAAAUAAAUUCUAUUAUACGUAAAUAAACUCUCGUUACACAA